AAACAGUGCUUGUAGAUAAAAGAGUUUUCUACAGCAUUUUUUGUUUUUCAUUUUGAAAAGUGAAAAAAUACCAAAUAGGAACGCGUCUUUUAUUAUAAACAUUUUUUUUAUUAAAAAAUCGUAUUGUCUAAAAUUUUUUUAUAAACAAACAAAUAGCAGCCACAAAAUGAGCUACUAUCGCGACUUAAAUAAAGAACUCAUCGAGCAAGUACAAACUAUGCGCAUAAACAUGAAAUUAUAUUGUGAUGAAAUUAUCCAGUUAAAAGGAGAACUUAUGGAAAAACAUGAAAAUAGUGUAAUUUUAAGAAAGGAAUGUUAUAACUGGGCUGUUGAAAAUUUUAUACAUCUAAUACAGACUGUACAGCCGGAUAGUGACAUUUUGCCUGUACUACAGAAGUAUGCACCGUCAAGAGAAACGCAAGUUACAACUUCUAGGACGCUGACAACGAGUAGAACACCUCGAAUAUCUAGAAUAUCCUCAGGUAGUGAAGAAAGAUCUACAGGAUCAUCACGAAGACGUAGUUCACAAUUAACAGCAGAAUUUCAACGAUCGAAUUCCAUUUUAAACUCACGUAAAUCGGUAUGUAGUACUUCACCCAUUCGAAGAAGUAGCAAUGACUCAAGGGAGGAAGAACAGGAAGAAGAAGAGGAGCAAUGUAAUGAAGAAGAUGUUGAAAAUAUUGUAGAAAGUCAAACCAUUGCUGAAAAUGAGCAAACAGAACCAGAAGUUACUGAAAAUCUUAAUGAAGAUGAAGUAGAGCGAGCAGAAGAAGAACCGCUUAAUAUUAUUUAUGAAGAUUCAGAGGAGACCGAAGAAGAAGAUAACAAUCCCGAAGAACUGACUGAUGAUGAAAACCAUGUUGAAUCUAUGUACGAAAGUGUGGAAGAAAUUACGGUUGCUGACAACACCAUCUCAACUACUAGACGUUCCACACUAAAAGAUCUUACAAACACGAUGCUAGUCUCAUCAACACAAAACUCCAGUAAAGAUAAUACUUCACCUCAUAAAACUAUACGUAAAAGAGGACGUCCUCGAAAGAAUAAAACUAAUAAAAAUUCAUUUGAUCAAGAAAAUACAACAGAUUCUGAAAUGGAAUCAACUGUAACAGAUAGGGGAGCUAGGGCGGCAAUACAUCAAACACAUUCUGAGGAUCAGUCAGAGACCUUACAGGAGCCGAGACAUUGUGAAGUUAGACACUUAUCAUUGAGAAAUAAAUCUAUACCCAUAACACAGGCAUUUGAUCAGUCUGGAGAGGAGGAUUAUACAGAUAUGACGUUAGGAAAUUUCAAAGAUGCUGCCUGUAGUACACCAAAUUCACGGCGUAAUUCUUUUCGUAAACCCACAAAACCAUCUACUAUAACUACCAAUCAAGCAGCAACAGAGUCCGAAUCGGGAUCAACAACAAGUGAUUGUUCUACACGUCGUCCAUCGCGUCAGUGUAAACCAAAAGAUUUGGCUGAGCCAAAAAUAGGAGUUAAAUUAAGAAAUGAAAGUAAAGCAAAAUCAUUGGGUAAAUCCAAAGUGAAAACAUUGGGUAAAACCACAAAGAAAUCGGUUGUUAAAAAAUAAACAUUUUAACACUUUCUUUCGUUUUUAAUUAUAACGAUUUUUUCUUAUAAAUUUAUAUUCUUUAGACUGUUUUUCUAUAGAA